AUGCAUUUAACAUAUUUAAAAAUAUUAUUUUUCUCUUUAUUUUUAGAUACAUUUAUAUCUUCACACACGAACAUUCCUAGAACUAAUAAUGUUUCUCCAAAAAAUGUCGCCAUUAAUAUAUCACCUGUAGGACCAAUUCCAGAUGUAAUAACUCUUGAUUAUAUAAAAGAAAAUCUUGAACAAAUUCAACUAAUGAAAGAUUUAAUAAUCAAAGAAAAAUUAAAAAAACUCAAAUUAUUAAAAAAAAAAAAAGAUAAAGAAAUAAAAAAAGAAAUUGAAAAUUUAGAACGAGAAAUAAUGGAUACAAGAAAAUUAUGUAAUAACUAUAUAAAAGAUGAAAUUAAAGAAAUUAAAUCAAUAAAAGAUCAAAUUAUUAAGGACAAAAUAGAAAACGAUAGAUGGAAGAAAGAUUUAUUGAUUGAUUAUGAAUUGAAAAGACUUAUGUUCAAACCAGAUAUUACACAUUUAAAUAAAUUAUAUGAAGAAUAUCUAAAGGAAGAAUUAAGAAUUGCAAAAUUGAAAGAUAAUAUAUUUAAAAUAUACCAAUUUAUUUUAUAUUUAAUACCUAAUACAAUAUACUACACUAUUGAAUUUAUAAAUAAUAUUCCAGAAAUAGAGUUGUCACCUCCAAAAAUUUUUAAAAUGAAAAAAAGGAAAAGUAAAUCAUUUUUAGAACUAUGGAGUUCUUUAUAUGAAAUAUUGGAAGAAAGAGUUCAUAAGUAUCAAAUUGGAGGAUAUGUAUUUGGAUUUGGUUUAUUAGCAGGAAUAGGAAAAUCUAUACAUUCAAUCGUUGCUACACCAGCUGUUUGUAUUAAAUAUGCUGCUGCUUUUUCAAAAUUCUCGGCGGCUGUUUGUAAAUCUAGUACUACAUUACAGGUUUCUUCUGGUGCUAUUGCUACUAGUGCAAACUCUAUGAAAUUUUAUGAAAAAUUAAAACUUUUAGAGGCAGCAUGUACAGCAGCAUCAGCUUCUCCUGAUCCUGCUACAAAAGUAGUAGCUGCAAUAAUAAUUGUUAUACUUGUUAUAAUACUUUUAGUAUUUUUAUAUUAUGUAAUAAAAAAAUCAGGUAUUUUAGAAAAUGAACAUGUUCAAAAAGUAAUUGUUCCUAUUCAAAAAUUUUUUGAUAAAUAUAUAACUAAAAUGAAAUAUUACUUUAAAGAUGUGAUAUAUUAUAUAAAGCCAUUAAAAACAAAUACUCAAUAA